AUGGAUGACUCGGAGAACAACGCGCCCUCGACGCCGGGGUCCCCCGGGUUCAGCACCGACCGUUUGCCGCCCAACACCACCAGCCGCGGCGCCACCGACCCGUCCUCCUACUCCGACGACGAUGGCGAGGCGGAGGUCGACCCUCACGUGCUCCCCGAUGACGACGACCCCGCCGCCGCAGUGGCCCCCGACGAGGACGAGGAGGGGGAGGACCUCUUCAACGACAACUACCUCGAUGAUUACCGAAGGAUGGAUGAGCAUGAUCAGUAUGAGUCAGUUGGUUUAGACGAUUCACUCGAUGAUGAGAGGAAUCUUGAUGAAAUCAUGGCUGAUCGAAGGGCUGCGGAAGCGGAGCUUGAUGCAAGGGAUGUGAGGACUGGUGCAGCAGUUGAAAGGAAGUUGCCACGGAUGCUCCACGAUCAGGAUACAGAUGAGGAUAUGAAUUUCAGGCGUCCUAAAAGGCACAGGGCUAGUUUUAGACCACCAAGUGGACCAAGAACACCAAGAAGUGAUGAUGAUGGUGAUGGUGCCACUCCAAGUUCACCUGGAAGAUCUCAGCGUGGAAUGUACUCCGGUGGUGAUGUGCCUAUGACUGAUCAGACUGAUGAUGACCCAUAUGAGGAUGAAUUUGAUGAAGAAGAUGAGAUGAACAUGUACCGUGUCCAAGGUACAUUGAGAGAGUGGGUCACAAGAGAUGAAGUCCGUCGCUUUAUUGCAAAGAAAUUCAAGGAGUUCCUUCUUACAUAUGUUAACCCAAAGAACGAUCAAGGAGAGAUUGAGUAUGUUCGGCUUAUUAAUGAGAUGGUUUUAGCUAACAAGUGUAGCCUGGAAAUAGACUACAAACAGUUUAUUUAUAUACAUCCAAACAUUGCCAUCUGGUUGGCGGAUGCACCUCAAUCAGUGCUUGAAGUUAUGGAGGAAGUUGCCAAAAAUGUUGUUUUUGAUCUCCACAAGAAUUAUAGGAACAUCCACCAAAAGAUCUAUGUCCGAAUAACGAACCUUCCUGUCUAUGAUCAAAUACGCAAUAUCAGGCAAAUCCAUCUGAACACAAUGAUUGAAUUGGUGGUGUUGUUGUUUUCGACGAUCUGGUGUAUUCCCUCAGUUGCAGCAGGUGAAACUAUAUAUAGGAACUACCAGAAACUCACUCUUCAGGAAAGCCCAGGAAUUGUUCCUGCUGGGCGGCUUCCCAGAUACAAGGAAGUAAUACUUCUGAAUGAUCUGAUUGACUGUGCUCGUCCAGGAGAGGAGAUUGAGGUCACUGGGAUAUACACAAAUAAUUUUGACUUGUCUUUGAAUACAAAGAAUGGUUUCCCUGUUUUCGCCACAGUGGUUGAGGCAAACUAUGUGGCAAAAAAGCAGGAUCUGUUUUCUGCAUACAAAUUAACUGACGAGGAUAAGGCAGAGAUUGAGAAGCUGUCGAAGGAUCCAAGGAUUGGAGAAAGGAUUGUCAAGUCAAUUGCACCAUCCAUUUACGGCCAUGAAGAUAUCAAGACUGCCAUUGCACUCGCUAUGUUUGGUGGACAAGAGAAGAAUGUGAAGGGAAAACAUCGCCUAAGAGGCGAUAUCAAUGUCCUCCUCCUGGGUGAUCCAGGCACUGCAAAAUCACAGUUUCUCAAGUAUGUGGAGAAAACAGGACACAGAGCAGUAUAUACAACUGGAAAAGGAGCCUCUGCUGUUGGUCUUACUGCUGCGGUUCACAAGGAUCCAGUAACACGAGAAUGGACACUUGAGGGAGGUGCACUAGUUCUUGCUGAUAGGGGCAUUUGCCUCAUUGACGAGUUUGACAAGAUGAAUGAUCAAGAUAGGGUAAGUAUUCAUGAAGCUAUGGAGCAACAAAGUAUCAGUAUAUCAAAAGCAGGAAUCGUCACAUCUCUUCAAGCUAGAUGCAGUGUUAUUGCUGCAGCAAACCCAGUAGGUGGAAGGUAUGAUUCAUCAAAGACAUUCACUCAGAAUGUUGAAUUGACAGAUCCCAUUAUUUCACGUUUUGACGUCCUCUGCGUGGUUAAGGAUAUUGUUGAUCCAUUUACAGAUGAAAUGCUUGCAAGGUUUGUUGUAGACAGUCACGCCAGAUCCCAACCCAAGGGGGCUAACCUUGAAGACAGGGUUUCAACCGAUGUGGAUGAUGAUCCACUGGCCGCUGCAAGACAAGCUGACCCAGAUGUCCUUUCCCAAGACAUGCUGAAGAAAUACAUAACUUAUGCUAAGCUGAAUGUAUUUCCCAAAAUACAUGAUGCCGAUCUAGAUAAGAUUAGCCAUGUUUAUGCUGAACUCCGUCGUGAAUCAUCUCAUGGCCAAGGGGUUCCUAUUGCAGUAAGGCAUAUAGAAUCAAUCAUCCGAAUGUCGGAGGCACAUGCAAGGAUGCAUCUGAGGAGCUACGUGUCUCAGGAAGAUGUUGACAUGGCCAUCCGUGUCUUGCUUGACUCUUUUAUUUCAACUCAGAAAUUCGGUGUGCAGAAAGCACUUCAAAAGAAUUUCCGGAAAUACAUGACAUUCAAGAAGGAUUACAACGAGCUGCUUCUGCUCCUUCUGCGGACACUGGUCAAGGAUGCCCUGCACUUUGAAGAGAUCAUGUCAGGAUCAACCUCGCACCUUACUCAUGUGGAGGUCAAAGUGGAGGACCUGAGAAACAAGGCCCAAGAAUACGAGAUCUACGAUCUGAAACCGUUCUUCUCCAGCGCACACUUCAGGGACAACAGCUUCGUUCUGGAUGAAGGGCGUGGGAUCAUCAGGCAUCCACUGGCGGAGUAA